AAAACAUAAAAUAAACUUGACUUAGUUUGCAAGAAAGCUGACCGACUUUGGUCAAGAAUACAAAUAUUCUCUUUCCUUUUUUGUUGCUCCUUGUAAUGGAAACAUAAUCUCACCGACCUCUCUAAAACCCUUAUUUAAAGCUACUCUCCUCUUGUUGCCUUCUCCUCACAAAUCUCUCAAAUUUCUUUAACCUAAUCACACUAAAAAGUCUCCUCCUUUUCUAUACACUCUCCUCGGUUCCAUCUCUAGGACGUGUGCAGAUAUGGCUGCCGAGAGAGGUUUUCUUGAUGCACAAGUCUCUGAGGCUUUUGUGGAAAAGUACUAUCGUCUUGUUGGGACGAAGACUCAUGCAGUUCAUCAGUUUUAUGCCGAUGGUAGUAUUGUGACCAGACCAGGACCUGAUGGUACUGUGAUGUCUUUUUCAUCCCUCGAGGCUAUCGAGAAGCAUUACCUUUCCUCUUACUAUGAUGGGUUUACAUUCAAUGUGCUCAGUGUUGAUUCUCAGAGUUCGUUGGGAGAUGGGUUGUUCAUCAUGGUUGUUGGUUUCUUGACUGGUAAAGACAACCUCAAGAGGAAGUUUUCCCAAGCGUUCUAUCUUGCACGUCAGACCGGUGGCUAUGUUGUCGUCAAUGACAUUCAUCGUUUUGUUGGUGAGGAGGGUUGCACUCCAAGAUCUCUUCCAUCAGAAGUUGCAAAGCCAGCCGAAGAGGUAAAAAAGACCAAGCAGGUCAAAAAAGCCACCAAGAAGAAGAAGUCUGUUGGUGCUGCUGAGGUUAAGAAGGUGGUUGCUGUAGCUACGCCUCCUUUAGAAGAAGUUGUUACUGCUCAAAAACCUAAAGAGCCAGUGGCUGAAGAGCCAGAAAAGGUGGUUUCUGUAGCUACUCCUUGUCUUGAUGGAGCCAGUAAAUCUUUUGCUUCAAUGGUUCUAUCAAUGUCGAGAAACACUGCCCCUCUCCAAGUUAAAGCAGCCCCGGUUCAGAACCCUAGUUCCGUGGCACAACCCAAACCCCUUGUAGCUCCAGCACCUGUAAAGAAAAGUGACCACAAGAUGGUUGACGAACCAGGCACAUCGAUAUUUGUGUCAAAUCUGCCAAUGGAUGCAAGGUGGUCUCAAGUCUCUGAGCUGUUCAAAGCUUUUGGCACCAUCAAAGAACAUGGAGUUCAAAUCAGACACUCCCGGGAUAGUGGAAGAUGCUUUGCCUUUGUUGCCUUUGAAUCU